AGACCCAGAGAGCCUGACAGGCAGCCAAUCCGCGCAGCUAGAAGAGACCCAGUCACUGCAGAGCCACUCACAUGAGCUCGGUGCCGAUGAGCCUGGAGGCGCGCUGUCUGUCCCCCUAUGCAGCCUGGUACAUGGAACCCACCAACUUCUACGAGCAACGGCUGAGCGGCUCCCCUGCCCCAUGCAAGCCGAGAGCCAUGUGCGAGGAGCCCGCUGUGGGCAGUGGGGGCACCCUGGCAGAGCUAAGCGCUGCCCCUGCCAUCUAUGACGAUGAGAGCGCAAUAGACUUCAGCUCGUACAUAGACUCCAUGGCCUCCGUGCCCAACCUGGAGCUGUGCAACGACGAGCUGUUCGCGGACCUGUUCAACUCCAGCAAAGCGGUUGGAGAGCGGCAGGAGUGCGGCGGGGGUGACUACCUGAGCGGGCUCUUGGCGGCACCUCCCUGCCCUGGCACAGCUGGCAAAGGGCAUCUCAAGCAAGAGCCGGAGUGGAGCGACAGCGACUUGUCCUCUUCGCUGCCCAACCAAAUCGCAGCCUGUGCCCAGACAAGCAUGAGCCUGCAGCCCACCCCUCCCACCUCCCCGGAGCCCAGCACCUCAGCCUGCCCUUCCCCGGCUUCCCCCAGCUCCUGCGGCAAAGACAGGACGGGCAAGAAGCUGUUAGAUCGCUACAGCCCCGAGUACCGGCAGCGCAGGGAGCGCAACAAUAUCGCCGUGAGGAAGAGCCGCGACAAAGCCAAAAAGCGCAACAUAGACAUGCAGCAGAAGCUGCUCGAACUCUCCUCGGAGAACGAGAAACUGCACAAAAAGAUCGAACUUCUCACCAGGGACUUGAGCAGCCUCCGGCACUUCUUCAAACAGCUGCCCCCCACCGCCACCAGCACCUUCCUGCCCAGCCUGACGGGCAUUGACUGCCGGUAACCCGCCCCCAGCCCAGGACUUUAUAACCUCCUAUACCUCAUUCCAGACAUGGCCCUCCUGCGGCCCUCCAGCCUCGGCUCCGGUACAGUCGCUACAGGGAGAUGGGGAUCAGCUGGAGCUGGAGGGCUGCCUGUGAGACUUUGCUGCAACAUCUCCCACAGCAAGAGGGGGCCUCACACCACCUGGGACACUUGCCCUGCCCCCUCUUACAGACUGAGCCAAAGACUUAUCACAUCUUUAAUAUAUAUGUAUAAUAUUUAGUGCAAUAAGACAUUUGCAAGGUAUUACCAGUGGGUAGUGCCCUGCAGGAAAUGGGAGAGAAUCGGGCAUCAUCUCAACCCUUUCAGUGCCAGAGCUCGUUCAAGCUGCAUCUUGGCCAUGGCAGGUGUAACUAGGAGUAUUGCUCCAUAGGCAUUGGGCCCAUUUCUUGCCCACUGUGUGCAUGAUAGGUGCAACUGCUCCCCUUUCACCUGCCAGUGGCCUGGGUUGCCCAGCGCUAGUUACACCUUCUAAUUUGGCAUCCAAGGUGUUGAAUAAGGAAUGGGCAAGCUGUGGCCCUCUGCCUUCUGAGCAACAGCUCUCAUUGCCCUGCUGGUGCAUGGUGGGUGUUGUAGUUCAGCAGCCAGACAGCUAUCAAAGGAUUAUGAAGUGUUCACAACUGGGCUUGCAUCAGUCACCCGGGAUAAGGGUACCGAGCUUUGGUGCCAGCUGCCCAUGUGCCACAUUAGUAAUCAUUCUAUAGUGUUGGAUGUAUGCCUGUCUCACUGUGCCUUGCAUGCCAAGCUGCAGCCAUACACCCUUACUGCUUAUUCAUCUCUGCCUUAGGAGUAAGGGCUAACUCAAAGGUACAAAAGCUGCAGAGUUUAGAGCUAUAUCAGCAUAGCAAUAAGACACUAGUGAGUUGAAGCAGUAGUGCAAAAAGUCUAAAAGCUGCCAGUGUGUAGUACUUCAGCCACGCUGAACUGCAACUCCCAAAGUGCUUGUGCAAUGGCUGAGGGACUACAAGCUGAUCAGAUUACCUGUCAUAAGCCUGUGCCUGUUAUCAGCUGAAAUGUGUGCCCUUCUGAGCUAACAUGCUGGUUACCUGUCUCGUUCAUUGCCAUUGCUUGACUAGGUGUCUUUAGCCCCCUGGCCCUUACAGUAGCCAACAGGAUAUCUACUGGCCCAGAAGCAUUGAAUGGGCUGUUCUGAAUCUGAUUGCGGGAAGUACUGUAUGAAUAAGGGCAGUGCCAGUGUGGAUCGGUGCUGGCCUGCAGUUUCUAUUCUAGUUACCAAGGGCAGCUAAACAUUCACAACAGAUAUAUAUAUAAAUGUAUUUUCUCUCCACUAAAGUAUAAACAAAGCUAAAACAUUUCCCCUUUAUCCCCCCAACUUCCUUAAAUUAUUUUUGUAAUGUAGUUUUCUGUAUUCUUACUGAUGCAGCUAUGGCACAUUUGUAUAAUGAUUUCCCAGAGACAAGCCUUUGUAUUGUAGAUAAUAGGGACAGAGAAAUGAGCAUGCUCAACUUUUUAUAUGAUCAUUUUUACAGCAUUUUUAUUAUGAAUAAUAAAAAAAGAAACACA